AUGGAUGAUUAUGACUAUAAUGAAGCCAAUACAGAUAACUAUGACUAUAAUGAAGAUAAUACAAUAAGUCCUGAUGAUUCUGCUUCUGCAAUUGUUAGAUCAGAUAUAUCAGAAUCAAUUGUUACUGAUCUAACUAGUUUGCAAAAAUAUACAUCUCCUGUCUGGAAGCAUUAUUCUUUAAUGACAAAUGAACAAAAAGCUAUAUGUAAAUACUGUAAAAGCAAAUUUAGCCAUAAAAAAGGCACCAGAAUAUCUCAUCUUCGACGUCAUCUCAAAGCAUGUAGAAGGUAUCAAGCAUCUAAUGGCGAUUCAUCAAAUCCACCAAAUCCAUCAGAUGGUCAAACACAAUUAGAUUUUAGUAUAUUCGUUACACAACCAUCAAAAGACUUAUGUCAUAAAAAUAUACUACAAACUAUUACUCUUGAUAAUACAGGCUCGAAUAAUGUUGCAAUUCAUGAAUUAGUUGAUUAUAUUUCUCAAGAUUCGCUUAUUAAUAUUAAUGAAGAACUUUUCCAUAACCGCUGUUUUGCUCAUAUUUUAAACCUUAUUAUUCGCAACUGUGUUAAAGCAAUACACUCAACUCCAAGGCAACGUCAAGCAUAUUUAGAUAUCUGUGAAUAUGAGUCCGAAAAUCCUAUUAUUCCAUCAUUAGAUUAUCAUGAUCGAACUUUCCCUGAUUUACCUGAAGAAAACGAAUGGACGAAAGCAGAUAAUAUUUGUACCAUCUUAAACCCAUUUUAUGAUUAUACUCUAAAAGCAUCGGCAAACUCGUAUUCAACUCUCAACAAUAUCUUCGCUUCUAUUUUAAAUAUUUGUAUUCAUCUUCUCAAUAUGAGAUAUCAUACUGAUAACUUUAUCUGUGAUAUUUCUGGACCUAUGAUGGAAAAGUUUAAUAAAUAUUGGGACGAUAAAAAAUUAGAAUCGAAUGAUCUUAAUGAAAAAAUGCAAGAUAUUAAAAAAAAAUUCAAAACUAUAUAUCUUCAAACUUACUAUUCUCCACUAGCAAUUAAACGUUCAACUUGUCAUGAAGCUAUUAGUGUUGAAGAUGAUACAUUAAUGCUUGAAGAUCAUAUUA